AUGUUGACAAUUGCACAUCUGAAUCCUGAUCAAUUUCGCAUUGAAUUGCGGAUACAAGUCAUAGAGCUCAUUGUGUCCCUGGAAACAAAGCAUGAACAGUCUGGUGCCAUCAUUCACAUUUACGAAUAUAUUGUUGGAGAUGAGACAGGCUGCAUCGUCUUGAAUACGAAGUCAGAAUUGCAAAUCGACUCUGUAUACGACAUUAAACAUGCCUAUACCGAAACGGUGGAAGGCUAUUUACGGUUAUAUGCUACUGAUAUCGAACCAUCCUCCUCCAAACAACUGGAUGGUAUUAAUACCCAAAACAAUCGUUCUGCAAUACUUUUAGCGAGAAAGCUUCAUUAA